UAAACUAUCAACUUUCAGUUUUUUUUCCUUCAAAAGGCUUCCUCUGUGGGGAAAUUUUCUUGUCCUUGCAAUAUACAGGAAACACCAUUUAACUUCAAACCUAGAAAAAUUCAAACUUGCACAAAUGGGUACUCUCAUGCUUCUCAAGAACUUCAUCCUCCUCUUUCUUCUAAUCUCUGCAUCAUUUCUAUCACCAUCUUUUGCAGCUAGACGAUCCAAGGAUAUCAGGAACUUCACGAAAGAUGUGAAUGCAAUUCAAGAGGGAACACCAAGGAAGGCACUGAAUAAAGAAGAAGUAAGAAGCAUCCAUGAGAGGCUUCUUAGGGCUAACACAAAAGACUAUGGAAGAUAUGAUCCAUCACCAUCUCUUUCAAAGCCUCCUUUCAAGCUCAUACCCAAUUAACUUAACUCCAAUCAAUAUUAUGAGAAUCUUGGAAGUUGGUGUAUUGGCAUAAAGUACCAUAAAUAAUGUGUUGUUAUCUUAAUCAUGUAACAUAUAGUUAUGCCAUAUAGAAAAAGAAAUACGGUUGGAACCCUAGUAAGUUAGUAUCAUAAUUAUAUAUAUAAUAGAUCUAUUAGAAGAUGCAUGUGUGUUUUCAUGUUUCAAGUUUUGUU